GUUAAACUCGUAUCUGGUUUCGCCCCGUACGCUGGUCAAGUCUUCGUUUAUCACGCAGGAACCUGGGGCAUGGUUUGCUCAGACGGCUGGGACAGGAACGAUGCUUUGGUUGUUUGCAAGGAGUUGGGCUUUCCCGGUGUUACCAUGGUAGCAAAUUAUGGGUUUUUUGGUAUCGAGAAAACCAUAAGCAUAGAGCACAUGGGUUGUUAUGGCAAUGAAACAAAGUUGAGCGAAUGUUCAUAUAAUACAACUUCAGAGUGGUCGCCAUGUAGAACUGGAAGGUACAAGGGUGCAGGCGUUAUAUGUGAACCAAGCAACAUCACAGAUCCUAAGGGUAUUUCUACGUUAACUCAAAUCAACUCAGUUAUAGUACCUUAACAUGUCAUUAAUGCCCUGUUCGCACCGCACUUCUUGUUUUAAACUCUUUUUAGGCAACAAAACUUUUUGUUACCUGCUGAUAGCUACUUUGUCUGGUCGCUGAUUUAUUUCGCAAACAUAAACAAUUACUUUUAACAGUAGUUCCUUUAAUUCAUUUGACGUUUCUUGUUGCACGAAAACUUCUGCUCGUCUCGGGUGCGAACCGGGUUUAAAAAGGAAAAAUUGGUGGAAACUAAAUUUUCAAAGUUUUGGCAAAUGCAAAACUCUAUUUCUUGUCAUGGUGCAAACAGCGCAUAACUGAGAAUUUGGCAUUUUCUGUUUUCUCUAGUCCCGCUUUUUGCCUUCCCACCCCUCCAACCCUUUUUUUCUUGGUCGCCCGUCACUCCAAUCUAAUUAUACCCCAACCAUGUUUUUUAGAUGUUCCCCAAAUCAGGCUAACCGGUCCCUCCCACAGAGAAGGAUCAGGGAAUGUUGAAGUAUUUAUAAACCGUCAGUGGGGAAGAAUUUGUGACGAUGCAUGGGACUUAGAAGACGCCCGUGUAGUUUGUCGUGCGCUCGGGUUUCUGGAUGCAGAAUAUGCUACAUGCUGUGGCUGGUACUUUGGACAGGCGUCUGGACAACCGCUCAUGGAUACUGUGGAAUGUACAGGAAAUGAAUCAUCACUGUUUCAUUGUCGCCAUAUGGCAAGUAGUGAGGCAUCGUGCAGUAGGAGGGAUAGUGCUGGAGUCAUAUGCAAACUUAAUAAGCCAAACGGUAAGACAAUCGUUCAUGUGGAAUGUGGGAAAUUGGCGCCAAACGGGGGCGACGUAAAGAGUUUUGAAAGAAAUAUAAUCAUUAUCUGAAAAAUUCAACAGGUUUAUGCUAGGAAUACAGUGCGGCAAAAAAAGUAAUUGAUUUAAAUGCAAAGAUUAGUUUUUAAAAUGACGGUGCCAGCCGAGCUGUCGCCGAGCACAGGCGAGUUUAGGCAACUACGGCCCAAGAAACUUGGAGAGGAAUACAGUUUAUAUUUUGAAAACAAUACCUCUGUAUGCCACUCACUGAUGCAUUGCUUGACCCUUUUCUAUAAAUUACAACGUACAGAGCAUCAAAUGGUAAAAAUUAAGGUUUUCUGGAGGCCCUUUAAGGCCUUCGCGUGAGAUUUUCGCGCGAAGAGUGCAGCCUCUUGCCCUUGAGUCGAGAGUCUGUCCUCAGUCUUACACUUCGUUCUUACCCUCGCUCCAAGAGUUUUGUUUGACCGCUCCCUCGUUCUUGACCUACACAAAAAAAUACGGUCUGUUCUACAGAGAGGGGUAUGCCUUUUGCACUCGGUAGAGAGGAGAAUGUAUGAUUUACAUAGAUUCUAAACCAAUCAUGCCAUCGCAGAGUUAAGGCUCCGCUUUAUUCUUGUUUUACUUGGUCAAUUUUGAGUGUAGGAUGUGCAUUACAACCCAGAUAAUAUAAUAAAAAGAGCUUGGUAAGGCUUCAGUCACUGACACAAGGCAGUCAGAUCGUAAGGUAGCAGUUUAGCAAUUGUUUGGGAUUUUGAGGUGUUGAAUUCUUGUUUUGUCUUCUCAGUUCGUCUGGUGGGAUCUCCGCUUGCGCAUGCGGGUUUUGUCCAAAUCCGCCAGCAUGGUCGCUGGGGAUCGUUCUGUGACUGGUCAUGGGAGCUAACGCAAGGUCACGUGGUUUGCCGUGAAUUAGGAUAUCGGCGGGCCCUGUACACAACUAUUGGUGAAUUAUUUGAACAACAGUUCAGAGGGCCAAUUUGGGUAGAGGAAGCAGUUUGUGAUGGUAACGAGUCUUCAAUCUUUAACUGUGAUUUGAAGUACAUCUGGGACUAUGAAGAUGUUAUGGCAUGCGAUCACAGCCAUAGUGCGGGAGUAAUUUGUGAGUCAAACCACGAUCCUAGAUUGAACGGUAAGCUCAUGGUAGGUUCUUUGUCUUUCAUGAACUAUUUAGUAUUGGCGGCAUAAUAAGAUGUCGGUUAUCAGAUGGGAUUAUAUUAUUAUAAUUCAAAGAGGACAGAGACCGCAAAUUUUUGUCGCUCGAAAUAUCUAAAGUUCGAAACUGUUCAUCCGGGAUGCCUAAAAUGUGUGCAAUUCCACAAUUAGUUUCGACUGCAUUAAAUCUUAUACUAAUUGCAGAACAUUUUAGGAGAAGCCACCCACAAUGUGAGCACAAUUACUGACAAGGUGCAUGCCAGUAGGAAAAAAAUCCACGCCCUCUUAUGUGUUUCACAUAUUUCCCUCUCAUCAUUUCUUAUCAUCUGAAGUUACUUCCUCACCUUGAGAAUAAGCUUUUUUUCCUUCUAGAAACAGCCCUUGUAAGAUUAAAAGGAAGCAAUGUCACACACAUGGGUCGGGUGGAAAUAAAACGGCACGGUUUCUGGCACGCUGUGUGUAGCAUUGGGUUUGAUAUACAUGAUGCUGACGUGGUUUGUCGACAGCUGGGAUUCUCUGAAGCUGUGCUUGAAGUUGCGCAUGGUCAAUUUGGUCUUGGUUCUGGACCCAUGUGGUUAACUAGUAUUCGUUGCCAGGGAAACGAGUCUUCGUUAGACGAAUGCGUGAGUGCUGGCUGGGAACUAGAGCCAAGUUGUAGAGACAAACAUAGCUCCGGGGUAGUGUGCAGAACGCCAGAUAUAAAAAGCGGUAAGAAACGCUCUCUCGCGAUAGACUUAAGACGACUCGACUGGAUUUUUCAGGGGCAAAACCUCCCAAGUUUGAGCAUUAACUACGUCGCCAUUUACAAAGAUUAAGGAAUGAUCACAACAGCUGUAUCGGAUCAUUAAGAUAAAAAUUGGAUAUGAUCAGUUUUGCGUUGACAUCGGAGAUGUCAUAGCAACUUAGCGAUGUCAUUUCCUAUUUUACUUGCUGCCGUUUUUCUAGGCACUGGGCAGCUACUUUAAAAGCCAGCUUGAAAAAUUAAAAGAAAGAAAGGAAAGCAAAUGAAACCCGCUUUACGGACACCCGCUUAAUAAGAACAGUUUUCUUUGCCGCUGAAGGCUUCUCUAAAUUUAACUUGAAAUCUUCAGUUGACAGCAUGUCGGUGUUACCAGGGGUAUAGCACAUACACCGGACAGGAUGAAUAGCAAACGUCAAUUUCAGACUAUUUUGGCACCGAACGAGUUAUUCACAGAACAAACGGUUUUGAUGAAGUAAUAUAUAGAUGAACGAUUAUUGAGUUUUUCAGACGAUUUAGUCCGUGGAAUAAAGGCUUUGUGAAAAGUUAAAGAUGUUUAAUUUGACGAUGCCGAUGUCCUCUUUUAUUUCUUAAGUAUUUGUUCAAAUAAAAGGGUCUUAUAACAGAACCCACAAAAACGGACAUCCCGUUAAUUCGGACUUUUUCUGUGGCUCCUUGACAUUUUAGGUAUUAAUGGGGGUUUGAAUGUAUCCGUAAAUACUGUUGAAGAGGUUUUAUUUCAUUUAAAAAUUCACGCUAUAUGAUUUUGUCCACGGUAUCAACAGUUAAAGCCAGAAUAUACAGUUAAGUAAUAAGUACCCUGUGAAAGUACCAGAGAAGUGGUUUCAUUUGACUGGUAACAACAUAGAGUUUAAUUUAGAGACUCAAAAGUUCUCACUACCUUUCCCAUUCUCCUAAUUGGCUCGGGAUAAGCCAGUGUGGUUAUUGAAGUAACAAAAACUAAGAACAAGGACCACUGGAGUAACAUUAAUAUUAAGAACAAAUCUGCUCUUACUUCGAUUGUUCAAUCAAGAGCUAUUUUUAUCAAGUUGCUAUGUUAACAGCGGUGAAGUUAGAAUUAUUGUUGUGUUUUUGUUUCUUUGGUAGAUGGCAAAGUUCGACUUCGUGGAUCUAGCAGUUCUAACGCUGGAAGAAUAGAAGUAAAGUUUGGAGGUGUAUGGGGCCUCGUAUCCGAGAGAGGCUGGGACAUCAGGGAUGGUCACGUGGUAUGUCGGCAGCUUGGAUACCUUAAGGCAGUGCGCGUGUAUACGCAUUCCAGGUGAAACUGAGAACAUAAAACAACUACAGUCGACUCCCGAUAACUCAAACCCUCGCUAACUCGAACUCCCGCUAACUCGAACUCCCUUUAACUCGAACCAGUUUUCGUUUCCCCUCAGGUCAUUUUCCAUAUAAUUUUACCCUCGAUAAUUAACUCCAACCAUGUUUUGAGCCCUUGAAAGUCGGGAAAAAAGCCUUCUACUGGCGUCCCAAAGCAUUGAAUUUUGGAUUUCCUAAUGACGUGUUGUAGGAGUAUAGUUUACUAGUGGAGGCUGAUGUUGAUUUUUUUGUCACAGGCUAACGUGAAGCAGCUGUUCUUCUCAAAACAGUAAAACGCAUGCUCUAUUUAGGCUAUGUUUUGUCACGUUACGUUCUGAUUUAUAAUCUAGAAGUAUCUUUUAAUUUUCACUUGACAUUUCUUCAAUUAAAUGUGAUUCAAAUGUUCCCUGUGCAGUAAAAACUGUUUUUUACCUUACUCUCGGCUAUUUUCUUCGAACUCCCGAUAACUCGAACUCCCGAUAAGUCGAACCUUUUUUCGAUUUCCCUUGAAGGUUCGAGUUAUCAGGAGUCGACUGUAAUAAAAACUUAAUCUAUUUUUACAACAUGGUUAAGAAACGCGGUUUAAUAAAUGAAUUUAUUAUAUAGCUAAAUCGUGCUUCGGCAAGAUGAAGGGAAUCCUGUGUUCUGACUGGCUAAUAACCAAGCGGCCAUGCAAGAUGGGCCCAUGUUGCCUCGCCUGGAAUGGUUCCGCAAGGACAAGUUUGCUUUUUGGCCAUGAAUAAAUCUUUUAUUGGCCAAGCUCGAUCGGUCAAGAUGGAUUUUUAGCAAAGUUCGUUUUUGGAUUUUUAUGGACCGGGACAUUUUCGAGGUCAAUAAGAACCCUGGCUGGUAAUCGUUGUAAGGUGGAAGAGUUUCUUUAGUACAUAAUCGUCGGAAUUUCAGAAACCAAACAUGAAAUUAAACAACAACAUCUUGAUGGUUACUUUAGGUACGGUUCGGUGAAUCUGAAUAUAUGGCUGAGUGAUCUGCAGUGCAGCGGAGAAGAAAAACGUCUGUUGGAUUGCCCUAGAGAGUUGAACUACGACCUCUACACAUUUGCAAUGCUUAACGCUGGGGUUGAAUGUACAAACGACACCAAUUAUACCAGUGGUAAGUCCUCAUCAAAUGCUAAAAACAUAGUAGUAUUUAAUUCAGAAAAACUCCAACGCCUUUUGUUUUCUGUUUCUAUUUUCGUCGUAUGCGAAAAUUGAGCUAGAUGAAAAAACAUGGAAAGAAUUAACGUGGACUAAAUGUACCGUCGUUCAAAACACAAUUUUAAGGAUGGGACAUCUAGGAAAAGUGCACACGCAAUUGCUUCGACCAAAAAAUUACUUCUUUAUCUGUAUGUGAAACGUCCAAGCCAUUAUUAAUCUAAGAAGGAAAUGGCUGAGUUCCUAAGCGUUCUCUCUGGUCUCUUUGACCGUGUGAACCACCGUCGCGAAGUCUGGUGCGGAGUUCAGGCUCGUUCAUUUCGGUUACGCCUCCGCAAAAAUAGUUUCCAGCUCUAACCGAACAGGAAGGCCUAGGAACUAGGCUGGGCUGUUCCGAUACAGAAUGUUUGAUUUAUCAAAUGCCCCUUUGGCAAGGAGAGCACCAGAGGUCUUAUGUUAGUUGACUGAUUUUCAACAGAAGUGGAAGUUCGCUUGGUCGGUAUGGAAACGCCCAACGCAGGUCACGUGCAAGUUAAGUAUAAUGGUACGUGGGGGACGAUUUGCGCAUGGCGAGGUCUGCUUUAUCAAACAGCGAAAGUUAUAUGCAGGCAGCUUGGUCACAGACCCCCAAUAAAGAACAUCUUCGGGAAUAAAGAAUGCACGGCAACUAAUCGGGGAGCUGAAAGAGUGUGGCUGUCCAGCCUGAACUGUCAGGGAUUUGAAAAUUCUGUCGAUGAGUGUCCUCACAGAGGCUGGGGAAGACUGGACUCGGAGUAUUGUCGAGGAUGUACGCCUCGUUAUUGCAGUGUAUGUUUGAUUUGUCAGCCACAAGACACAAAUAUUACAGGUAUAAAGAAAAAUAAUGUAAUCUAGCUAAACAUCAAGCAUGUCGCUGACAACCGAGUGAUAUUCUUUUCCUCACAAUCACGUUCUUCUUCGUUUUGAAAACGUAAGUUAAAACUUCCUUUUAGUGAUGUCAACAGUUUCUGACCUUGCCAAAAAAAAAUUCUUAGCAGAGUCAUUUCAUGCUGUGGCGAAUGCAAUGUGCCUUAGUUCGAAGAUUAGGUUGAUUGAAAACGUAUUGAACUCGGUGCAUGUGCUGUUCCUUAAAUUUUUUUUAUGGAUAGUUAUGAUCGUGACAGUUCAAAUAGUUUUUGUUUGUUAUUGAUCUUUACACCAACAAAGUUUUGUUUUCACGAACAGACCUCCAUCUUAGACUGGUUGGAUCAAAUCUGUGGUAUGCUGGCCGUGUCGAGGUUAAGUAUGCAGGAGUCUGGGGAGUAAUAUGCCCGCGUCAUAUGAAUGGCUCUGUUUUUAGAGUAAUCUGCCGUCAGCUUGGUUAUGUUGGUGUCAUGGGAGAUGAAAGCUUAUAUACAAGAAGGAGCUUACAACUCUAUGGAGACUCAGAGGGCCCUGUUUGGUUGAGCAAAGUAGACUGCGAUGGAAAUGAAACGUCCUUACCACAAUGUAAGAUUGAGAGUCCGGGAGAAAUUUUGUGGUGCUCCCAUCACGAAGCCUUGGAAAUAAUGUGUCAGCCAAAGAAUUAUACACCACGUGAGUAGCACUGUGCAAGUAAGAAUAAUUAUCAUUCGAAGCAAAUUUUUCUUUUUUUUUCAUUGACCAAGAGCCUAGCACGUGACCUGCAAAUAACUGCCUACAAAUAAUGGUCUGCUCAUGCGCAAAGCCGUCCAACUGUGUUUGGCUGCAAAUAAUAUUCUGCUCAUGCGUAAACGAAACCGUGCUUUUCUCCUUCUUGCGAUCGCUCUUGCGUGAAAACGGCAGAUCUCUUUGCUUCCCAAGGAUAUUCAUUAAAAAAACGAACUCGGAGAUCGAAUAAUAAAACAAUUAUUGAACUCGGUUAUCGCAAAAUAUCGUGAUUUGUCAGUGUCUCGCAGAUCAAUUAUUUGCCGACGCCGAAUAAUUGAUCGGCUCGCCACAGACAAAUCACGAUAUUUUGUUCAACCUCGUCCAAUAAUUGUUAAUUAUUUUACAUUGUACUCACCAUCUGUCUUCUCAUUGGUUAAGAGCUUCUUAGGGUUUAUUUUGGAAACUGGCACAACCUAUUGACUAGCUAGUUAUCUGCCAUCAGAUGACUGACUAAUCUGUAGGUUGCACGCUUAAUGCAUGGUUUCCAAGAACAAUGUCGAACUAUGUUCCAUGCGAUUGUGUGUUUGACGUUAUUUUCUUCAAAACGAUGUUUAACAAAACAGUUACUUGAUUCGAUUUCUUUACUAUCCUCUUAGUAAGUGGCCAGGUAUCAGCCGAGACCAAUACCUCGGCCUUGACCCCCGGGGGGGGGGACUCCCAUAUGAAACAGACGGGGAUGCUCGUCGGAAAUUUUGAAUUUAACCCCUAAAGGAGACCAUCUGGGCGUGGCUCAAGCUUUUUGUGAUCCCUAAAGGAGACCAAUCUGGGCGUGGCUUAAGCAAAUUUUGACCCCUAAAAGAUUCCUCUUAAAAACACACAACUACGACAUGCAAUGAGUUUUAAUGAUAUAAAGACAUAACAAACAAAGUUAAAAAGAAAAUUUGAUUUCUGUUUCUCUUCGCGUAAUUCUGUGUUUCUUCGCGGAACCCUAAACGAGACCUUAGCGCCUUAAAAUAUUGGCGCUUUGCGCGGGACACCCUAAGCGAGACCAAAAUCCAAAAUUUACACCCCUAAGCGAGACGACGAGCAUCCCCGUCUGUUUCAUGUGGGAGUCCCCCCCCCCCGGGCCUUGACCAUUCCGGAUUCAAAAAAGAACAAGAACCUCAUCCAGUAAUUGUUUAUUAGAGUCACGCUUAGGUUCAACUUCGUUUAUGGGAGAACUCGUAGUCCGCCUAGAACCCUGACAAAGUAUAGAUGAGAAAAUACUUAACUUGCCAAGAAUUUAAAAUAUGUGUGUGAAGACGUAAUUCUUGUUUUUUUCCCUGCUGUUACCGUAGCUACACUAAAACACUUGAUAUAUUUUAGUCACAGAACACCACUAAGUCGACGACGGGACAAGUCCAUGUAUAUGUGUAGACGCGACCUAAAUCAGAGGAAAGAUUAUAGGAAAAUUAGAAUAUCCCAAUCAGAAAAAAUGUAUAACUGAUAUUAGCAAUCUCUUAACCUUGACGUAUUCUGAUUUAUUUAGCAUAUCCGAUCCGUUUGGCUGGAUCAUCAGUAGCACAUGCUGGUCGACUGGAAGUUCUAUAUAAUGGAACUUGGGGUACAGUGUGUGGUGGUGUGUACGAUUGGAGUGUUAGAACUGCAAAUGCCUUGGUUUCCUGUAGGCAGCUUGGGUUUGGAUUACCUAUAAGGUCAGUACAACAGUCAAAAUGAGACUAUAUUCCACAAAUAUUGACUGUUUUGUUAGAGAUUCUUCGCGUUUACAUUUGACCUUUGUGGCCUUUUGUCCGUUGUCUGUCAUUCUGUCAUUCGUAAACAAUAGCUAAAACAAUGCAACUACUCCGUCGACCAAUCAGCGCUUCUGACCGGAUUCCGGACAGAUUUUACGUCAUCAGUAUGGAAUUUCUUUCGCUGAGUCGCAGACGUUUCUCCGCGCGAAACAUCUGCAGCGGCCAAGAGCGGGGAGAAACGGAUGUUUUAGCAGGCUAGCGAAUUAGCGACAGAAGUUCCAUACUGAUAACGUACAAUUUGUCCGGAAUCCGGUCAUAAGUGUUGAUUGGUCGACGGAGUAGUUACAUUGUUUUAACUGUUGUUUGCGAAUGACAGACAGAAGACAAAAGGCUGCAAAAGUCAAAUAUAAACGCGAUAAAUCUAUAACAAAACAGUCAAUAUUUGUGGAAUAUAUUCUUCUCUAGAAUGCAGCAUUUGAGAUUUGCUGCAGCUCGUUCGCAGAUGAACAUAACACUUUACCAAAAUCGACCAGGAGAAACGUAAAAUUGAACAAAUUUGCAUUUCGAGCCUAUGACUACCGGAUUUAUUAUGUAAACAUUGAUUUACCUCAUCACUAUGGAAUUUCUGUCGCUGAGGCGCAGACGUUCCUCCUCGCGAAACAUCCUCAACGGUGAGCAGCGAGGAGAAACGGCUGUUUUCGCAGGAGGCAAGCUGGACAUUAGCCAAGUUUUUUGGGAAAGAGCCAAGGCCAGCCAUCUAAACCAAAAUAGCUUCGUCAAUAAAGUAUGGCCAAAAAAAACAUUUUCGCUUGCGGGACGGACGCAGGAAUUCCAGGAUUCACUUCAUCUAGCCUGCUAGCGGAUUCAAUCAUAUCGUUAGAAUACAUAUUAACGAUGGAUCGGUCGUCGGAGGUUAGUGGUUGAGAUGGGUACUGACUGGUUGGGCGAAUAUUUUUGCAUAUCAGACUGGGACUGUAAAUGUCGAUCAAAUUAAACGACGAAAAAACUUUUAAAGUAGACGAUGGCAGGGUAAGGCGGCUGAAUCCGGCAUUUUACGAUUUAUUGAAGGCAUUUAUUUCUGAUUUCUAUACUUAUUUUUACAUACAGAUCAACUACCAGCUGGCUAGCCCCCAAAUUUUCAAACUGUCCGUCAAGUACCCACGCCACAGGGGCCAUUUGGUUGUCCAAUGUCCGGUGCAAAGGAACUGAAAGCUCAUUGGACCAAUGUUCCAGUCUUGGAUGGGGUAAAGCGAAGAAACAUUGUGAUCACGUCUCAGAUGUAUGCCUUGUCUGCGAUAACUCACAAUAUCAUAAUAUGGGUGAGUUUUUUAAGUUAUCUUACCGCUAUCGUCCUAUAAACAACACAUUAAGUACAAUCUAAUCCUGUGUCAAAAUUCUAAAAGUUCAAAUUCGACAAAAUUUUCUCAUUUGGUGGCUGCUUUCACUGUUAACGGACAAUAUUUUGGCUUUAUAUAGCCAGAGAAAACAAACAUUUUUUGACGCCACCGCUGGUUUCCCCGCGAAAUUUCAUACUGAUGUCCUGUCAAAAUAUGGGUGGUGAUUCUGAUUGGUCGAAAAAAGCAGAAUAUUUGGUUGAAAAAGCAGAAUAUUUUAAGUGUACAGCAAAUAACAACUUUCAACGUUCAGCUCCAGCCCAGGAGAGUUAAAAAAGUUACCUAUCCCAUUUUUAAAUUGUCGCUCUAUAGAAAUAAUGGUCCGUUUAAGUGGUUCUGAGGUACCUCAUGCUGGCCGCGUAAAAGUACGUUAUCAAGGAGUCUGGGGAACUUUAUGUGCAUCUGCAUGGAAAACAGAGACCGCUGAAGUAUUGUGCCGGCAGCUCGGAUACAAAGGCGUUGAACUAGAUUUUACUAUGCACAAUAAAUACUGGUACCUACCACUGGACAUAUAUGACGCCGUUCGAGGACCAGUGUGGUUUAAUGGUGAUGGAUGUAAUGGAAGGGAAAGGACUCUGUCCGAAUGUCAGUUACGUCAGGAACCGCAUUGUGGCCAAGAUGAUCCUCAACUAAUCUGCAAGGUUGAGAAUUCUUCUGUUGACGGUGAGUGAUUUGAUUCAAACACAUCCCUAGAAAGACGUGUCACUGCAAGUGCUUAUCACAUGGCCUGUCGCAUUAGCCUCUGACGCUUUUCACAAGCAGCACCCCCUUGAAACUUGCAGCGCGUUGUAACUGCUCAUGCAAAGAGUAAUUUUAACAUGAAUCAGUCUUCAUCUGUGUUAAAAAUAGAAAGAAAAAAAUAUUAGUUGUGAAAUAUGUUCUCUCUGAUUUUUUCUUACUGCCUUUAGCGUCAGGUUGGGCUUAGGGCUGCUCCCUAAUGCAUUGAAUAUAAAAGCCACUAAUACUUCACUAAUGUGGCUGAGUUAAGAAUUGCGUAUAGCAUAUUUUCUUACAACUUUAGUAUGUGUUUUCUCUAACCAGCGUAAAUACUGGCGUGUAUUAUUCCCUCUUGAGCUCAAUUUGGGCUACCACACUUCUAAGCCCUGUAAACUUCUCUUGAAAUAUAAGCACCGUUUCUCUUUCAACAGUUUUUCCAGUUAGGCUAGAAGGGAGCAAUCCAAGGGAGGGCCGCGUGGAGGUCUUCUUUGGUGGCCUUUGGGGCACAGUAGGAAGUGCAAAAUGGGACUUUAAAGAUGCUUUGGUACUGUGUCGUCAACUUCGAUUCAGCCAUGUCCAAAACACAUACACCAAGAAGUUUAGAGGAAGUACACGAGUGUUUUGGUUUGGUGAUUUUGAAUGUCAGGGGAGUGAGGCAACAUUAGGCCAGUGCAGACACAGGUUAAUCGCAAGAGCCUUCUUCGAUGAUGAUGAACCCUUUGAUGUGUAUGUACGCUGUAGCAAUGGCACAGAGACUGAAACAGGUAAAUCAAUUCUAGAAAACUGUGCCCAGUUGUUCAAAAGGUGAAUAAAGCGCCCAUCUAACGGAUGAACCUCUAAAAAUUGGAUUCGGGGGGAUUUUCACUGGCACGUAUUUUUUACCUUCGUUCGGCGUGUAAUUUAGGCGCGUAAAUAAAAUAGCGGCGAUGUAUGAAAGGCCACGCGUAAACGUGCAAGUUGAGCGAGUUUCAACUUUUACGUUUACGCGCGACCUUCCUUACAUUAGGGAGCUUAAGCAACGGUGUUUUUGAGCAACGGACGUCAACCGGAAGUGGACGUUUUGCGUCAUUGGGCAGUGGUUUGGUUGAAACUCUCUGGUAAAUCGUCUUUAUAAGAGAAAAGAAACUUAGCAAUACAAAUUUGUUAGCGCCAAGGUAGAUAAAAAGGGAGAAGGCCUCACUUCCGGUUGACGUGCGUCGCUCAAAAACGUCUUUGCUUAAGCUCCCUAUAUUUCAUUCACGCGCAAAAAAUUAACGUGCGUACGGACGUAAAAAUUACGAUUAAUUAGAUUAGUUCAAAUUCACCAAAACUCAAUUGGUCUAUUUAAUUACGUUUAUCCACAGCGUUGCGAUUUUUUCGAUUAAAAACGCUAUCGAAAUGUAAUUGGAACAGCUGGGUCAGGAAGUUUUAAUACAUUAUCUCAUGAGUGUAAUGGAAUAAUAUUGAAUCGACAUGUUUAGCUACUGUAGGAAGACUUCGACAGAAAGUAUGAUUGAUGUGACCUUCUUUUAUGUACAGGGUCAGUUACCAUCCGGCUUGACAGUGUUGCAGUUUUUAUUACAUUCGUUUGCUUUCGUAAAUAGGAUAGGACUUGUCGAGGGAGUUAAAUCACUCCGCAACGGAUGGUUUUAACUACCACUCUUGACACAGCUGUCAUUGCUGCUCAUUGCUAGAGAUCCUACCGUGUCCUGAUUGGAUGAGUUGUUAUUUUUGGCGCAAAACAUGAAUCCACAUAUAGCCAAAGUCUAAUACAGUUGUGAAACCGGCCUUAUCGAAGAGAUAACUGCUCCAGGGUCAUGGGCUCUUGCUAAUGGGGAAUAUAGAAUCUUCUUUUUCAACAUUAUGUAUCUUCGUUCUUUUUCGUUUUUAUUAAUGCUGACAGUCGUCAACUCUCCAAGGCUCACCUCAUUAGCGACGUCCAUGGCUUCGCUCACCACUCAUUUGCCAGUUUUAUCUACGAACACUCCAAGGAAUUCUUCCUCGACAGCGUCUGUGGCCGCAACUACUAUUUAUCCCACAAUUUCAUCUUCGACAACGGCGACAAACACAUGGAAGCUUGCUCCCACUAGCACUUCUAUUGCUCAAGGAUCGCAGCUUCUAUCGACACCAGCAACAGAGAGUUCUCCGAUUUUGUGUCCGAACCAACCUUGUCAGAAUGGGGGAACUUGUGAAAAGACGACCUGUCGCUGUUCCGAAAAAUUUGCUGGCGUUUAUUGUGAAGUUUACGUUGGUAAGUAGAACACUUCAAUGGACCAGUUUGUGCUGGUAAUAAAAUUUGCGGCUGAAUUUCGAUCUAAGCUAGAAAAACAUUAAAAAAUUGCGACUUGACAAGGGUCAGGAUAAACAUAGCUGCACUAAAGUCCCUAGUGUAAUGCCGCUUUAGCUUCGUAGGGAAAUUUUUCCCUAAUAUUUUCCCACCCAGCAUACCCACUAUAAUUCAUAUAGCAAAUAGAUGGAAUAAAUGAACAGACAAACAAAUGAAUGAAUAAAUAAAUAAAUACCAAGGAUAGAAUUAAAGUGAAAAUUGACCUUGAUAUAAUAGAUGUUGAAUAAACUUACACCUCUGUAAUAUUGUAGGUGAAAAUGCUGUUUCCAUGGUAUUGAAAAUGAUUCUGGAUCAAGUAAGUCCGACUCUCUCCUUGUUCAUAGUACAUUGAAUAGGAAGGAAAUGCCAUAUAUCAGUUUACGGAUGUGAUCAGUCUAUGAUCAGGGUAUAUGUUGCGUACACUGGUAGAGCCGUAUCCACACGGAAAUUUUUUCAGGGCUUUGCAUAUUAUGUUUCGUAUGGGUUUCGUAUAAGUUUACAUGGUUAUGUUGUCAGUAAGUCAGUUUUCCUUUGAUGCAUAGCUCAAUUGUACCUCAAAAUCGUGUCUUGCAUCCUGGUUACUGGUCGUCGUAAGUUGCUUCUGUAGACUUUCAUCGGACGCCAUUUUUUCUUCAUACCCCUGAUUUCGUAUUGUCUAAAGUCACAGCACUCAACGUACUGCAGUGGGAAAAAGGCCUUUCUAGGCGUAGCAAAGAGCCUAGAAGUGACCCAGCUUCGUGUUCCCCGGCGUGAGCGCCAUUUUGGAAAAUAGGAUGACGUCAUCAUACAUAUCCAGUUCUGGUUGUGGCCCGGACUGGAACCAAAUGAAUUCUCCUUUCGUCUGUGAGCGCGUCAUCAUCAGUUACACAAGCUGUUCUGUAAGGUCUCUAGCCUGUAAAAAGACGUUUUCUUUUCUUUUCGAAAAUUGAAGAGCGAGCGCGCGCGGUUUUUUUUUCAUACGCGCACUCGACGAUCUCUUGAUUAAGUGAAAAUAGAGGGUCUGUGAAAAGGCUAUAAGUUCUCCUUUAAACCAAUUGUUUUAACUUUGUUUUUUCAGUGGAAUGCUUCCGAGUUCAAAGGAACUCUAGCUGCUGUUUUAACAAACCAUUGUAGCCUGAACCUAUGUUUGGAGGACAACGUGUAAGUCGAUAUUUUAAAUGCUCUUUGUUAAAGAUUAUUGACUCAUUAUCAAUCGUAGACAAAUGUCUUGGGAGAAAUUUGCAUUUGCUGCGCUUUUUUAAAUCACACUUGCCCAACCCUUUCUGCAACCCCACAAACAACGUCAGGACGGGUGUAUCCAGAAUUUUAACCCUUAAGUUUCAACGUUGUAUAAGAUGUGGGGAGAGGAUCUGCAAAGUAUUUCCCAAAAGGUAACAAUAUUUCGGUCCGUAGAACACCAAAGAAAUUGCAGGUAAUUAUGAAAUCGCAGUGUCCCCCCCCCCCAAAAAAACGCGCAAUUGCUUAAUAAACCAUUCUACUUCUUUCUUCCAUCAGAAAUCCAGAUACACAAAGCCAAAAAAAGGCUCUGACUUUUCAGCGUGAUGAUAUCAUCAUACUUCAGGGAUACCCAAAGACUUGGAAGGACAUGGAACUCUUAAGUGUAAAACUGGUCGUUAAAAUGCCAACGGAUGCUAACAAUAGCAUAAUACCUCGCGAAAUUAUGAAGCAGCUACUGAUAAAGGUGGCACCUGAAAUUGAACAACAAAUGGGGAUCAGCAUCGUUUUUAUUGGCGAGAAGGAAAUCAUUUCAGCAUCACCCGAUGCUUCUGGUCGCAACUCAGAUAAAUCGCGGAAGUCUUCCUCGACUCAUAGAUCAGUUUUGAUAGCUCUUGCGGUCGUUGUUGGCUUAGUGUGCUUGGUUGCCAUAGCCACGAUUGCUUGGUAUCGUCGUAAAAAGAAAAGGUAG